ACAAAAGAUUAAGGAGAACUUUGGGGAAAAAGCCGUUAUUGCCAGUCGGAUCUCCUUUAUAGUAUACUGUAUUUGAUUUCCUUUGUUGGAUGUUCUUUUAAAAUGAGAAUACUUUUUAUCAAUUUUGCCCUUAUCAAUUUUGGCAUCAAUCUCUUUAACUCGAUGAGUGGAAUCGCUUAAAUUUGAAAAAUGAGCACAUUUUCGAAUGUCGAGAUGGGACCGCCUGAUGCAAUUUUGGGUGUAACUGAAGCUUUUAAGCGUGACACAAAUCCCAAAAAAGUCAAUUUGGGUGUUGGGGCAUAUCGUGAUGAUCAAGGAAAACCAUAUGUUUUGCCAAGUGUCCGAGAAGCUGAAGCUCAAUUGCUUGCUGCAAAUUUGGAUAAAGAAAUACAGGAAUUUACUUCGAAAGCUAUUCAAUUAGCACUUGGUGAUGACUCUAAAGUUCUCAAGGAAAAGAGAAAUGCUACUGUUCAAUCUGUCUCCGGCACUGGGGCAUUGCGUACUGGAUCUGAAUUUUUGUCCAAAUGGUAUUUACCUUCUAAAGUCGUUUAUUUGCCUUCACCAACAUGGGCUAAUCAUCUAAAUGUUUUUAAAUUUGCGGGGAUUGAAGUUAAACGUUAUCGCUAUUAUGACCCAAAAACUUGUGGUUUUGAUGAGGAAGGCUGUUUACAAGAUAUUUUGGCAAUGCCUGAAAAUUCUAUAAUUCUCUUCCAUGCUUGUGCACACAACCCAACUGGUGUUGAUCCAAACGUAGAGCAAUGGGAAAAGUUAUCUAGUGCUUGUAAACAACGCAAACUUUUUUGUUUCUUUGAUAUGGCCUAUCAAGGAUUUGCUUCUGGCGAUGUUGACAAAGAUUCUUUUGCUGUUCGUCGUUUUGUGGAGGCUGGGCAUGAUAUUUGUUUGGCACAAUCUUUUGCUAAAAAUAUGGGACUUUACGGUGAGAGAGUUGGGGCUUUUACUGUUAUUUGUUCUAACCAGGAAGAGGCGGAACGAGUACUUUCCCAACUUAAAAUAAUUAUUCGUCCAAUGAUUUCGAACCCACCUAUUCAUGGAGCUAGAAUUGCUGCUAAAAUACUUGGAGAUUCCGACCUUCGACAAAAAUGGCUUGCUGAUGUUAAAAGUAUGGCAGAUCGAAUUAUUUCUAUGCGUGUUCAACUUAAAGAGCUUUUGGUUAAUGCUGGGUCUCAACGUAAUUGGAAUCAUAUUGUUGACCAAAUUGGAAUGUUUUGCUAUACUGGACUUAACCCAGAACAGGUUGAUCGUUUGACCAAUGAAUUUAGUAUUUAUUUGACAAAAGAUGGGCGUAUUUCAAUGGCUGGUGUUACUUCUGGUAAUAUUAAUUAUGUUGCAAAUGCAAUAAAUGAAGUUACAAAGUAA